UCUACCGGAACCUCACUUUCUUUUUCAUGAAUCUACCGGAAGGAGCAUGUUUCAUUUGCGCAUGUAAACACUCUAAACUGGGAAUGUAUUCUUUGAAUAGGGGUCCAAGCAGAUUUGUCACAAGUACAAGGCGGGGGGGCACGAAGAAGAUUGACAGUUUUGAAGGUCGCGAUCUGGGCAAACGCACCGGCUCGUCUGGACCCGCUACGAGUAUGAGCUCACCUAUGCCAGUAUUCAUAGGAAAAAGGCCAAAUAGUGGAAGGCUGCCCCCAUUGAACAGCACUGUAUCUGAGGAGCCUGCUUCCCCACAGCAUGAAGAAUAUGUUCAUUUUAUGUCAACUUUGUGGUCAGAAAUUCAGCAUGAGCAGUCCAGAGCCUCAGGGCCAGUGAAAUAUUGUGAAGAAGCAGGAAAUCCAGAAUUGACAAAUUUUAAGCCUUUUGAUUUGGAGGAAUGGUGGGGAACUCGUACUCUUCAGAAGAUCAAGGAGUCCUCUUGAAGAUUAAUGUCAACUAGCAAUUUUUACCAGUAAUAAGGUGUUAUACAGAACAUGUUUUAUGACCUGAUGUGAAGUGCAGGCAAAGCAUUCUAUGUAACAUCAGAAGGACACAUUUAGUCAAGAACUUCGAGAUUGUGCUGGAACGUGUGACUUUUAUUUGAAUGAUAUUUUUAUGAGAUUUCUAUUAAUUUAUGUCCUAUGGUAAUAAAUGGAAAAUUGUAAACACA